UAUAACAAAAGUUAUAAUAAUGCUGUGCCAAUAAUGAACCAUUUCGCCACAGAAAGUUAUUGAUGUCUCAUUUCUACCUUCCUAUUAAAAAUAUACUAAGAGUAAUAAUUUUAUAUUUCAUAGGCAGUAACUAAUAAGAAAGUAUGGAUAGUAAACAUUGUUUGAUGUUUGAAACAACAGGAGAUUUUUAUGCUGCACACUUAACAGUGUCUGCAGGUCCCAGUACUUGUGAGCAGAAAAAUGUGAGUGAAUGCAGUGAAUUGAAACAGUGUGAACAUGAUGGCCAAUCAAAGGAAUGUUUAAAAAUGAACCAUGAAGAGAUGACAUGUGAAUGCAAACUCUGUGGACAAAUUUUUGAUAUAGUUACUUUGAAAACGCAUCUGGGAAUCAAAACAGAAGAUGUGCUUCUACUUCAGUGUGAACAUUGUGGAAAGCGAUUUGAUAACAAAAGUGAAUUGGAAAAACAUUUGAGAGUACAUACAGGAAAUUCACCAUAUGAAUUUGAAAAUUAUGUAAAUAAUUCUGUGAGUAGUGGAAAUUUGAAGGUGCACACAACAUAUGAAUGUUUUCAUUGUGGAAAGAAAUUUCAACACAGUAGUAAAUUGAAAAGACAUCUGAGAAUACAUAAUGGAGAGACACCAUAUGAAUGUGAACAUUGUGGAAAGAAGUUCACCCAAAAUAGUACUUUGAAAACACAUUUGAUGAUACAUACAGGAGAGAAGCCAUACAAAUGUGAAUAUUGUGGAAAGAGGUUUAAUAGAAAUACCAGUUUGAAAACACAUUUAAUGAUACAUACAGGAGAGAGGCCAUAUGAAUGUGAACAUUGUAGAAAGAGGUUUGAAAGCAGUAGUAAAUUGAAAAGGCAUUUGAGAAUACAUACAAAAGAGAUGCCAUACGAAUGUGAACAUUGUGAAAAGAAGUUCAAUCAAAAUAUCCAUUUGAAAAAACAUCUGAUAAUGCACACAGGAGAGAGUAGAAUACAAAAAGGAGAGAAUUUAUUUAUUAAUCUGAACAUUGCACAAAGAAGUUUAAAAACAGUAGCAAUAUCAGAAAAUGUGUGACGAUACCGGUGUAUUUAAACAAUGAGGAGAGAAUUUUAUAGAACAAAACACUUAAAAAAUAUUUAUUCAGCGGCGGAUCCAGAGAUUUACGGACGGGUGGCACUCACAAUAUUAAGUCCACACCGCCACGCCCACCUCCGCCCCACCAUGGUUGGUGUAAAUAAGUGGUAAACAAUCAAGCUCUCCUUUCUACCACUGCUGAAUCGCCACUCUGAACUCAUGGGUGCAGUCCAUUUCAUCCCCCUUUCCUCUCUUUAACUCAAAUUUUUUUACUUGACCGAUGGCCCAUGCUGGAUCCGUGCCUGUUAUGAUAGUUUAUACAUGAGAGAUUCCAUAUACAAUUGAACAUUCUGGAAAGAAGUCUAUUUAUAGUAACAACUUAAAUUAAACACACAGGAGACACCAUGUAUGUGAACAUUCUAAUUUCAGUUUACAUUUUAAUACAAAGUACAUUUUUAAACCCCUACAUUUUGAAUAAAACUAUACAGGAUGGAGGGACUUCUUAAUGUGAGUGUAACAUACAGUAGUACCCUAUAGUUGCAUGGCACCAAAGGCGUUCACCCCUCUUGUUCCCCAGAGCAUACCUGUAGUAGUGUUGCAAUCUGUGACUAACUGUAUGUACAUUCCUGAGGUUGUAUUUUCCUACAGUACUAUUCCUCCAGGAAGUUGCUAGUAAAUCAUGUGUUCCCAAAUUAUGAUGACCAUUAUUAAUUAAAUGAGUCAUCAAUCCAUGUUUCCUGUCCCUAUGUAUAUAUGUACCUGUGUUUAGUUAGGAAAUCAGUUCGAGUAUUGAUUUUAGAGACAAUUACAUCAGUCCUAAUCGGUGUACUCUUCAACAUUGUUUUUAUAUUAAAGUAUAUUUGCGACUAUUUUACGUUUUUCUCCUGAUGCAUUAUUGCAUUGCCUUGUCUCUCGACACGUUACCGAUACAUGGUGGCUAGCGGUGGUUCUAAGCUAUAAGCACCUUCGAGCACUGUACUAUAUUUUUUACAAGAAGUGAACUUUGAUUCUUAAGUUUCACAAGAACUUAAGAAUCAAAAGUUAGCAGAUGUCUACAAGAAUUUAUUAAAGUUACCAGAAGUUGACAAGAUUUCAUUGAAGUGAUAAUUUACAAGAACGUUACCAAUACAGUGAGCAUUGUAAAAAUAAAUUUAAUAUAUGCUUAAUUAUUCUAACUUUAUUUUUUCCGAAAUAAAAUAUAACAAGCAGACUUGCUUGUAAUUGUACAAA